GGGACCUCGGCCGACGCCGGACGCUCUCGGGGCCUGGGAGCCGCGGACGGGAAGACCUCGCUAGGGCUGCGGGGGAGCAGAACCCUGCCGCUGCCUCGUAAAGAGAAAGAAAGUGAACUGUAGUCAUUGUCUCGGCGGCAACUUUGAGCUUUACUGGUGCGGUGACCCGGUCACUUCUUGCAGAGUGCCUCGGGUGUUGUGGACGGCCUUGUAUGGAUUACGUGUUUCUCCGGCGGACCGAGUGAGGGCUGACGAUGGAUACCUGCAGACACAUCGGGCGGUUGCAGCUUGCUCAAGACCAUUCCGUGCUCAGCCCGCAGAAGUGGCACUGUGUGGACUGCAGUACGACCGAGUCCAUCUGGGCCUGCCUCAGCUGUCCCCACGUCGCCUGUGGACACUACCUUGAAGAGCACGCACUCAAGCACUUUCAAGAAAGCAGUCAUCCUGUCGCGUUGGAAGUGAACGAGAUGUAUACUUUCUGUUAUCUCUGUGAUGAUUAUGUCCUGAACGACAAUGCAGCUGGGGACCUGAAGUCACUGCGGAGUACAUUAAGCACAAUCAGAAGCCAAAACUACUGUACCACUCGCAGCGGCAGGGUUCUCCGACCUGCGGGUACAAGUGACGAUUCUGAUUCUUACUUACAUGAUGCUGCCCAGUCUCCACUUGGGAGUGAAGAUCAAAUGUGUGCUGCUCUUUGGCACAGGAGAAGGAUGCUCAUGGGGAAAAUCUUUCGGACUUGGUUUGAGCGAUCACCCAUUGGAAGAAAAAGGCAAGAAGAACAAUGUCAAGAAAAAAUAGUAGCAAAAAGAGAAGUGAAAAAAAGACCUCAAGAACUGUUAGAGUAUCGAGUAGAAGCAGAAAGGGAAAGUUCGCCUCCCAGAAAGAGUUUACGUCUGCAUGGGGCAACUCCGCCCGCCAUGACGGGAGCUGCUCCUGUUCACCUCCCUCCACGAACCCCAGCAUCACCAGCAAAGGAGAAAACCGUACCUGCUACCUCAGAAGACGGACGGUGGAAGAAAGCGGGUGAUGCCUCAGCCAAGCGAGGGCCGGUAGUGACUCCCGGCGUAACAGGGUUGAGAAAUUUGGGAAACACCUGCUAUAUGAAUUCUGUUCUUCAAGUAUUGAGUCAUUUACUUAUUUUUCGGCAGUGUUUCUUAAAGCUCAAUCUGAACCAGUGGCUGGCCGUGACCGCCGGGGACAAGACGAGAUCUUACGGCCGUCCCCCCGUGACAGGUGCCGUGCUAUGUCAAGUGAGCGAAUGCCAGGAGAAAGAACCAAGCUUCCUUUGCUCCCGACACCCAAGUAUAUCAUCAGGGCUGAGUGGCGGAGCAUCGGAGAAUAGAAAUACGGAGCCAAGUUCACAGUAUUUCUCUCUCUGCCACGAAUUGCACACCUUAUUCCAGGUCAUGUGGUCUGGAAAGUGGGCCCUGGUCUCCCCCUCUGCUAUGCUGCACUCAGUGUGGAGGGUGAUUCCUGCUUUUCGUGGUUAUGCCCAACAAGAUGCUCAGGAAUUUCUGUGUGAACUUUUGGAUAAAAUACAAAGUGAACUCGAGACAACGGGUAGGGUGCCAGCCCUUCUCCCCACUUCUCAAAGGAAACUUAUCAAGCAAGUUCUGAAUGUUGUAAAUAAUAUUUUUCACGGACAGCUUCUUAGUCAGGUUACAUGUCUCGCGUGUGACAACAAAUCAAAUACCAUAGAACCUUUCUGGGACUUGUCAUUGGAAUUUCCAGGGAGAUACCAGUGCAGUGGGAAGGAUGCUGCCUCGCAGCCGUGUUUGGUUACUGAAAUGUUGGCCAAAUUCACAGAAACUGAAGCUUUAGAUGGAAAGAUCUACGUAUGCGACCAGUGUAACUCGAAGCGGAGGAGGUUCUCCUCCAAGCCAGUCGCACUCACAGAAGCCCGGAAGCAGCUCCUGAUCUGCCGCCUGCCGCAGGUUCUCAGGCUGCACCUCAAGCGGUUCAGGUGGUCAGGACGUAAUAACCGAGAGAAGAUUGGGGUUCACGUCGGCUUUGAGGAAACCUUAAACAUGGAGCCCUAUUGCUGCAGGGAGACCUUGAAGUCGCUGAGACCCGAAUGCUUCCUGUACGACCUGUCUGCCGUGGUGAUGCACCAUGGGAAAGGGUUCGGCUCAGGACACUACACCGCUUACUGCUAUAACUCCGAAGGAGGGUUCUGGGUGCACUGCAACGAUUCCAAGCUGAGCUUGUGCACCACGGCCGAGGUGUGCAGGGCCCAGGCCUACCUCCUGUUCUACACCCAGCGCGGCCCCGAGACCGGACAUCCAGAGCCCCCGGCAGACGGCCAGCACCCCAGGGACGGCGCGGACACCACUGCCAGGGAGAGCCCUGGCUGACCGGGCCGGCGCGGUGCUGCUUGGACUUUAUACACUGACUUUGUAAAGGGCCGAGUUAAAAUUCCGAGCUUUUUAAAACUUAGGAAACAGUGAACACUACAUUCAUACAUUUCAUAUUUAACAAAGCUCUUUUACAGGGAUGAAACAUAAACAUGUUUUUCAAGCUCUUGGUUAUCUUGCACUGUUCACCUCAGGCUCGUGUGCCCUCUUACUGUGGGUGUCUUCACUGGCUCCUCGAGAAUUGGUGCCAUCCGCCCAGGAAAUGCAGGGAGGCAUUUUAUAUGUGCUGUUGUUUGUACAGACUGUAAAUGAUGGAAAAUUGGACAGUUUCUUCACAAAUACGAUUUUUUUUUUUUUUUUUUUUUUUUU